AGAUCUUUUCUCUUUCGAUUCUGGGGCUAAAACCCUUUUUCCCCAAUUUCAGAACCCUUCAGAUACUCAUCCAGAUCUCAAUCUUCAUACAGUUUGUUGUACAAAUUAUGUCAAAUCUGGAUGUAUCUCUCGAUGAUUUGAUCAAAAGGAACAAAAGUUCCACUAGUCGGAACCCUAGACCCAGAACAACCGGAUCUGGAUCCGGAUCCGGGCCCGGAUUCGACUCUGGUCCAGGUCCAAGGCGUCGCUUCCCUAACCGUGCCUCCAACCGGCCGGCGCCAUAUUCUGUUCAUGCACCGGAGUCUACAUGGGACCAUGAUAUGUUUGCGGAGCAUGCCCCGUCGUCUGCCCGGGGACCUGGGGUGUCCGGGAUUGAGACCGGUAUUAAGCUCCUCAUUUCCAAUUUGGAUUAUGGGGUUUCAAAUGAAGAUAUCAAGGAGCUUUUCUCAGAAGCUGGUGAUAUAAAGCGUUACUCAAUUCAUUAUGACAAGAGCGGAAGAUCAAAGGGAACUGCGGAAGUAAUCUUUUCACGUCGAAGGGAUGCAGAGGCAGCCAUUAAGAGAUACAACAAUGUUCAGCUAGAUGGGAAGCCCAUGAAAAUUGAGUUUGCUGGAACAAAUAUUGCUCCUCCAGCUCUUCCUCCCAUCAGAAAUCGUUUAUAUGGAAAUCCAAAUCCUGCUCCAAGAAGUCAACAAAGAGGUGGUGGAUUUAGACGUCCUCGAGGUGGUGGUAGAGGAAGCAUGAGAAAGGAUGGUGGAAGGGGCAGAGGUCGUGGUGAGAACGUUUCUGCAGAAGAUCUUGAUGCUGAAUUGGAGAAGUAUCAUGCAGAAGCCAUGCAGACAAACUAACAUUCAGACAUGCUUGAUGAGAUACUUGUGUAGUAACAUGUGCAAGCAUCCACAGGAUCAAAGGUUAUUCUUUUCAUGAAUUAAACGAUUCUUGAAGUCUGAUACGGAUUCUGGGGAAAAGACUGAAAGGUGCAGAGCCUAUGUACUGCUGGAAAAUCUUAAAACUUGUAUGUUAAGAGUGUGCUUGGUAUUAUUGCCACAUUUUCUUCACAUUUGAUGGUGUAGAACACUUGCCUUGUAGCUUUCCCUUGUGUUUAGCUUUAUGUAAAACUAAUCGCGGUGAAAUUCCUUACUUUCACAAAUCGAUUGCUAGAGUAGUUCUGAAA